GAAUGAUGGAAACGUCUACCAAAUUGAAAAACUUUCCCUUUUAGUUGGUUUCUCAAUGUAGUCAUCAGUAGGGAAACCAUGGCUGACAGAAGUACAACGAAGUUUAAUAUCACCGCCUCCACACUGUCAGAAACAGUGAAGAGCAAAGACUCGAAGGCUUUGCGUAAUCAUGGAGGAGUUGAAGGCGUGGCGAGAGCUGUAGGAACAAAUCCCAGCAAUGGAAUCAGCGGCAGCAAGGAUGAUAUAAAGAGGAGGUCCCAACAUUUUGGAACAAACACUUACCGUAAGCCCCCUCCAAAAGGGUUUCUAUAUUUUCUAAUGGAUGCUUUUAAAGAUACUGCCAUAAUUAUUCUUCUUCUGUGGGCUGCCCUGGCUCUUGGAAAUGGGAUUUAUGCAUAUGGGGUUGAAGAAGGUUGGCAUGAUGGUGGAAUUUUAUUAGUGGCUGUUCUUUGCCUGACUGUUUUAUCUGCGUUUAGCAACUUCACUCUGGAAACUCACUGAAAACUCUCAGAGUCGAAUAUCAAAGUUAGAGUUGUAAGAGACGGACAGGGACUAGAAGUCUCCAUAUUUGACCUUGUAGUCGGAGAUGUUGUGUUCCUAAGAAUCGGUGAUCAGAUUCCGGCUGACGGGCUGUUCUUGGAUGGAGAUUCUUUGCUGGUGGAGGAGUCAAGCAUCACAGGACAAAGUAACUUUGUUCACAUCGAUUCCAAUGAUAAUCCUUUCCUGUUUUCUGGCACAAAAGUAGCAUCUGGUUCUUGUCAGAUGCUGGUGGUGUCAGUGGGAAUGAACACUGCAUGGGGUCAGAUGAUGAGUUCGAUAUCAUGUCAAUCCAAUGAAACUAGAACUCCAUUACAAGCUUGGAUUCACAAACUAAUCUCCUCUAUUGGAAGAUUUGUCCUCGUAGUAGCUUCGCUAGUUCUUUUCUAUCUGAUAGUUCACUAUUUCACUGGAAAAACAAAAGAUAAGACUGGGAAAAAGGAGUUUAAUGGUAGUAAAACAGACUUAAAUGAUGUUCUUAGAUCUGUUGCCCGCUUUGUUGCGGCUGCUGCGGCCGUCGUGGUGUCGGGGAUCCCCGGAAGUUUAUCGUUGUGUGUAUCUCUCACUCUUGCUGAUUCCGUGAAGAGGAUGAAGGCUAAUCAGGCAAUGGUAAGAAAACUUUCGGCUUGUGAGACAAUGGGCUCAGCCACAGUUAUUUGUACAGACAAAACGGGCACAUUGACCUUAAAUCAGAUGAAAGUAAUCAGGUUUUGGCUUGGCCAAGAAUCCAUUGAGGAAGAGUCUUAUAAAGAAGUUGCCACAGAUGUUCUUGAAUUAAUCCACCAAGCAGUUAGUUUGAACACCUCUGGUAGAGUUGGCAAACCUGUUUCGGGAUCUGCACCUGAAAUUUCCGGUAGCCCAACUGAAAAAGCAAUUAUUUUGUGGGGAGUUGAAGAAUUAGGGAUGAACAUGGAAGAAAUGAAGCAAAGAUACACCAUUGUCCGCCAAGAAGCCUUCACCUCUGAGAAAAAACGAAGUGGGGUUUCGAUUAGGAAAAAAGCCGACAACACAGUUCACGUACACUGGAAAGGAGCUGCUGAGAUGAUCCUAGCUAUGUGUUCAUAUUAUUGUGAAAAAAGUGGGAACAUAAAGACCAUGGAUGAAGAUGAAAGGAUAAGAAUGGAAAAUAUAAUCAAUGGCAUGGCAGCUAGUUGUCUCAGAUGCAUUGCUUUUGCCCACAAGCAAAUUCAAGAUGGAACUACCCAUAUGAAAGAAGAUGGCUUGACCCUGCUGGGAAUUGUUGCUCUCAAGGAUCCAUGUCAGCCAGAUAUAAGGAAAUGUGUGGAAAUUUGCAAAUCAGCCGGCGUGGACAUCAAAAUGAUCACAGGGGACAAUGUUUUCACAGCCAAAGCUAUAGCUACAGAGUGUGGAAUACUACAGUACCAUGAGCAAGCCACAAAUGGCCAACAGGUGGUAGAAGGCAUACAAUUUCGGAACUAUACACAGGCAGAGAGAAUGGAAAAGGUCGAUAAGAUCCGGGUAAUGGCAAGGUCUUCUCCUUCAGACAAACUUUUGUUAGUACAAAGUUUGAAAGAGAAAGGUCGUGUGGUUGCAGUCACUGGAGAUGAUACAAAUGAUAUCCCUGCACUUAUAGAAGCUGAUAUAGGACUUUUUAUGGGCAUUCAAGACUCUCGGGUCACAAAGGAAAGCUCAGAUAUCAUCAUAUUAGAUAAUAAAUUCACUACUGUGGCUGUUGUUAUAAGAUGGGGACGAUGUGUUUAUAACAUCCAAAAAUUCAUUCAGUUUCAACUCACCAUCAAUGUUGCAGCUCUUGUGAUCAACUGUGUUGAAGUUUUUAUUCCUGGUGAGUCUCCUCUUACAACAGUUCAGUUGUUAUGGGUGAACCUCAUCAUGGGCACACUAGGAGCUUUUGCACUGGCUACCGAAAGGCCAGCAGAUGAGCUAAUCAAGAGGCCUCCUAAGGGUCGUUCGGAGCCCCUUUUAACAAACAUCAUUUGGAGAAAUCUUCUAUCUCAAGCCCUGUAUCAGAUAGCAAUCUCAUUGAUCUUGCAAUUCAAGGGCAAAUCCAUCCUUAAUUUGAGUCGUCAAGUAAUCAACACAAUGAUUUUCAAUACUUUCGUCCUUUGCCAAGUUUUCAGUCUCUUCAAUGCAAGGAAGUUGGAGACAAAGAAUAUCUUCAAGGGCAUUAACAAGAACAGAUUGCUCCUCGGAAUUGUGGGAAUAACUCUGGGAGCUCAAUUUCUGAUGGUGGAGCUCUCAAACAAAUUUGCUUCUACAGAAAGAUUGAAUCUGAGGCAAUGGCAAAUUUGUGUUGGGCUAGCAGCUGUCACCUGGCCAAUUGGUUUGAUUGCGAAGUUCAUAUCAGUUCCAGAGAAGCCAGUGCUCUUCAUCAACUCCCAGGGUGAAUUGGAGUUCGGUUUUAUAAAAUGCCUCAAAUUCUUGUUGUGUGUUCUAAAAUUAUUUCUUCUAAGUGAUUGUGACCAUUAGUCUAUCACUAUAAGUUUUUAAAGAAAUGUAUUUUAAUGUAACUACGUGCUCAUAAAUCUGGAUAUGAAUAAGAAAAAAGAAAUGCAGCCUGUUUAAUAGGUAUUUUCUUC